AACAGAGCAAAGGGUGUGUGAAUGUUACAGCUCGUUGUAUUUGUGUUUAAUGGAAGCACAGUUGUUUUUCUGAACAGAAGAUAAACUGUGGUGACUGAUAAAGGAUCAUGAUGAGCUGUCUUUACACUGGUCUACGUAACACUCCAGAUGAUUUAGUGUAUCAUGGCUUGUUCAACCAAGGGGCCACAUGUUACCUGAACAGUGUGCUGCAGGUGCUGUUCAUGACCGAGGACUUCAGAGAGGCUGUGGAAAGGUAUGACCCUCAUAACCCCGAGUGCAUUGAUCCUCAACUCAGAGACGUGUUUGAUGAGUUACUGAAACAAACAUCAGACACAAAUGAGAUUACAAACAAGCUGGGCAUCCACACAGUGUGGGAGCAGCAGGACGCUGCUGAGUACUUUGAGAAGAUUCUCACUAUGACCAGUUCGGAAGCAUCACAGAUCUUCCACGGAGAGUCGACGCAAAACAUCACAUGUUCCCGCUGUCGCAAAGAGAGUAACACAAAUGGGAGAUUUUGGUAUCUUCCUCUUGAACUGGUGAAUUCCCACAGUGACCUCUACAGUGUGGUGGAUGGCAUCGAUGAGUAUUUCAGAACCUCACGUUUAGGCGGAGAAAACCAGAUGUACUGUGGCAACUGUGAGACCAAAUCUGAUGCUACUAUGACAUGUGUAAUGAAGCAUCAUCCAGAUGUUCUGACGCUGCUGCUGAAGAGGUUUGACUUUGACUACCGUUACAUGUCGUAUGUCAAAAACAACCGGGUCGUGGUUGUUCCCUCUUCUCUACAAAUCCCAGAGAAUCAGAUGUAUGAGCUGUAUGCGUGCGUGGAUCACUUCGGUGAUCUUAGAGGUGGACAUUACACAGCAACGAUAAAGUCCCAGGAGAAUGAGAAGUGGUACUACUUCAAUGAUACCAGCGUCACGUUGCUUUAUUACCAGCCGUUCCAAAAGGACAUCAUUGAGAGAUCCCAGAGUGCUUAUCUCCUCUUUUACAGGAAAAAGCAAAAUAUUCAUACUCAAGAAAUCAGUGAGGUGGUCCCCAAUGGAGGUUUACCUCUGCCUGCUGCUGGACACGAUGGUGAUGAGUGUCAAGAUGAUGGGCAGAUGACAGAGCGAGAGGAGGGUGAGGAGGGUAUGGAGGUUGAGGAGGGUGAGGAGGGUGAGAAGGGUGAGGAGAUGGCAGAAGUUGGCAAUGGCAAGACAGAGUCCGUCUCCAUCGACAGAAACGGAGGAAACGUCAGUGUUGGGUCUGCAGGACCAGGUCCCAUUUGUAAUGUGGAGGAUCAGGACAAUGGAGCUGAAGUCAGGCAGAGGGAACAACACAUCGAUCAGGAGGGUAAUGAGGAGAGCAGUCACACGUCUGGUUAUCUUCCAGAUGAAAAACAAGAGGAGGAUGAGGGGAAAAUGAGGAAGGAGGAGGAGGAGGGAAGAAAGGCAGAAGCUGAGGAUCAGACAGAAAAGAGAAAAAGACUGAUAUCUGCAGAGGCUCAGCUUGAAGAAAGAGCGAAGGAUCAGAUCUGCGACAAUGCAGAAAUAGAUGAUGUUAGACAAGGGAGAGCAAAUAUUCAUCAGGAUUUGAAACCAGAGGCCAGUGACAGGGAUGCAACAUGUGAUAGUCUUGGUAGUACGGACAAAAAGGAAGACGAGGAGGAGAUGGAAGUUGACGGUAGUGAGGGAAAGAUGAGAGCUAAUAAACUGACCUCAGAGCCUGAAAACUUGACAAAAUGCCCCCACUGUGGCAAUGUCAUUGUCUGUGGUCAGAGCCCUCCACUUGUCAUUGUGGACAAAAAGGCAGUUGAUGAGAAGACGAGAACAGAUGAUAAAGAGGAAAAGGGAGGAAAGACCGGGAGAUCAGAGCUCUUGACAAAAGAUGAUGUCUACCUUCAAGGGUGUGAGGACACGGGAGAUGUUGGUGCUGGAGAGCAGGGAGGCGGCAGCGGGUUGUUAGAACGACGUGAGCAACAGAAAGAUGAGAGGAGGGAGGAAAAAGGAGAUCAGGAGCCAAAAAGAGGAAAUGACGAGGCCGCACAAGGAUCCACAACCAAACCUGAAUGUAGUGAGAGUGUGGAAGAUCAGGAUGAGGGAGGGUUAGAUGAUGGCGGACAGAACAUACAAGAGGAGACGAUCGGUGUCCAUGAAGGUGUGGGUGCAGAGGAACAAGCUAAAGAAAAUAAAGACCCCUCUCAAUCGGGAACGAAAGAGCUGAGGGAGAACCAAGGCGGUAAAGGUGUUGAAGAGAUGGAGAAUUCUCAGCCAACAGAAAGAGCUGUAGUGGAGGGUGAAGGUGGGUCGGUUAAGACUAUACUAUAUGGGGAGAUAAUUGAUGAGGAGAUAGAGGAGACUCCGAGUGGCGUUCAAGUACGUAUCGAGAGGAGAUCGAUAAGAAUAGAAACAGAAGAGGGAGCCAAAAAGAUGAAGAUACACUAUGACUAAUGUGAACCAGACUUCAGAGUGGGAUUAGAGAUAAUAACACUGCUCGUCAUUUUAGUGAUGCACAAGUUGUUCCUCAUGUUGUCAGUAAUCAGUCAGUCACAUCAGCGUAAAUCUGCUUAUUCAUUGGCCGGUAACAGAAAACAUCAAGUAGAUGAAGUCACUGACUUCACUUUUGACUUCAAUGGAAAAGUUAUGUUUUACACACUAAAGCAAUACGUUGAUUCUGACCUUUUUUAGAGAUAAAUAAAUAAAUGACGCUGAAUGUAAUGUAUGAUUUUGUUUCUAAUAACAGAUUGUGGAGGGAAUUCAAAUGUUAAACUUUGUUGAGAUAUUUUUAUUGUUCGUUGUCUAAUUUUCUAUGCUACUGUCUUCACUAACGAUCGUAAAUAAAACUUUCGGUAAGUUUAGAGUUUAUUAUCUUUGAAACGAAUGGAUUGUGUUGUUGUUUACCUCAUGUCACUGGAAGGGUUUAAAUAAUAAAAUUUGUAUACAAUAAUAAUGAUAAGAACAUAAAUAACUGAUA